AUGUUCAAAGAUGGUUUCAACCCUAAUCUGGAAUCUUUUAGGGACCUCGAGGCGCAGAUCCAGGAUAGAGCUCGUAGGGCCGAGAAGGCGGAACCCCGGGGGAGGCUCUUUCCUUAUCUUCGAUUGCGGGAAUCUGAGUAUCAGUGCUUGGAGCUCCACGCAGCCUCUGAUCUCAGCACCCCUGACAGACGUGGAAUGAUCUCCUCAUAUCAUCACGAACUAUCAUCAACAUUUGGCGACUUCACUGGGGAGGAGCAUUCCAUCAAUGUCGAGCUUGCAAGAGAUUGGCCCUCUAUGGAUAUGGAAGAAGUUUUCUAUGACCGUUCUUCUGAAUCAGAAUCAUCGGCUGAUUAUAAGGAUGUUGUUAUGGAAUUACAGUCUUCUUCUUCCUCUGAAGCAGAAGUUGAAAAUCCAAAAUGCUCCUGUAAUCCCUCUCAUGAUGAUUACUAUAAGAUAGUGUCUAACGGGGAGUACAGAAGUGUUCAACACAGGGUGGUGGCCAACUCCUCUAAGGAGCCUCGUAUCUCUAUCGUCAUGUUUUUCAACCUUACCAAGUGGAAAGAACCUGGCUACUAUGGACCUCUAUCAGAAUUGUUGACGCCGGGGAAACCAGCUAUAUACCGCAAUUUCACCACUCAAGAGUUCAUUGAAAACUUCUACAGCAAAGGAAUUGAUACCAAAUCUCUAAUAGACAAAAUCACAAUAUGA